AUGGUCGACGAAGCGAUUAAAUCUAGCAGCCAUAAUGUCAUUCAAUUUGAUCGCGAGAGGUUCUGUUUUAUGGUUGCCAAAAGCAUUAAUCAACACGAUGGCCGACCAUUAGCAUGUGCCAGUAUACGACAGGACCAUAACAUGCACAUACCAGAUGUUUUCAAGAUUCUGAGUGUAUUCAAAGUCUACAGCGAAAGCUUCCUUGGACUUCCACACCACCAAAAUUGGCCAACAUAUGAAGGAUUCACUAUUUUCCAUGACAAGACAAUGCGAAGGAAUAAGAAAGAGCGUCCAAAUAGUACAAGAAUUAGAACCAAAAUGGAUGAUCUUGAGAAAGAAAAGAGAAGACGUGAAAUAUGUCGAGAAAUUGGCCAUAUGCGUAGAAAAUGUCUGAAUGUAGUAGGCCCGUCAAAUCGGCCCGUCUAA